AAAGAGAUUUACGGUGAAAAGCAUGGUGACGUAGCAGCAAGUUACAACAACCUGGGAACUGUUUACAGUUACCUUGGCCAGUACAGUGAAGCUAAAGAAUAUUAUGAGAAGGCUCUCAUCAUUACAAAAGAGAUUUACGGUGAAAAGCAUGGUGACGUAGCAGCAAGUUACAACAACCUGGGAACUGUUUACAGAAACCUUGGACAGUACAGUGAAGCUAAAGAAUACUAUGAGAAGGCUCUCAUCAUUAGAAAAGAGAUUUACGGUGAAAAGCAUGGUGACGUAGCAGCAAGUUACAACAACCUGGGAUUUGUUUACAGUGACCUUGGACAGUACAGUGAAGCUAAAGAAUACUAUGAGAAGGCUCUCAUCAUUACAAAAGAGAUUUACGGUGAAAAGCAUGGUGACGUAGCAGCAAGUUACAACUACCCGGGAACUGUUUACAGAAACCUUGCACAGUACAGUGAAGCUAAAGAAUACUGUGAGAAGGCUCUCACCAUUAGAAAAGAGAUUUACGGAGAAAAGCAUAGUGACGUAGCAGCAAGUUACAACAAUCUGGGAAAUGUUUACAGUUACCUUGGCCAGUACAGUGAAGCUAAAGAAUACUAUGAGAAGGUCUCAUCAUGACAAAAGAGAUUCACGGUGAAAAGCAUGGUGACGUAGCAGUAAGUUACAACAAUCUGGGAACUGUUUACAGUUACCUUGGCCAGUACAAUGAAGCUAAAAGAAUACUAUGAGCAGGCUCUCAUCAUUAGAAAAGAGAUUUCCGGUGAAAAGCAUGGUGACGUAGCAGCAAGUUACAAAAAUCUGGGAAUUGUUUACAGUCACCUUGGCCAGUACAGUGAAGCUAAAGAAUACUAUGAGAAGGCUCUCAUCAUUAGAAAAGAGAUUUCCCGUGAAAAGCAUGGUGACGUAGCAGCAAGUUAAAACAAUCUGGGAAUUGUUUACAGUUACCUUGGCCAGUACAGUGAAGCUAAAGAAUACUAUGAGAAGGCUCUCAUCAUAACAAAAGAGAUUUACGGUGAAAAGCAUGGUGACGUAGCAGCAAGUUACAACAAUCUGGGAACUGUUUACAGUGACCUUGGCCAGUACAGUGAAGCUAAAGAAUACUAUGAGAAGGCUCUCAUCAUUAGAAAAGAGAUUUACGGCGAAAAGCAUAGUGACGUAGCAGCAAGUUACAACAACCUGGGAAUUGUUUACAGAAACCUUGGACAGUACAGUGAAGCUAAAGAAUACUAUGAGAAGGCUCUCAUCAUUAGAAAAGAGAUUUACGGUGAAAAGCAUGGUUACGUAGCAGCAAGUUACAACAACCUGGGAAAUGUUUACAGUGACCUUGGCCAGUACAGUGAAGCUAUAGAAUACUAUGAGAAGGCUCUCAUCAUUACAAAAAGAGAUUUCCGGUGAAAAGCAUGGUGACGUAGCAGCAAGUUACAACAGCCUGGGAAAUGUUUACAGUGACCUUGGCCAGUACAGUGAAGCUAAAGAAUACUAUGAGAAGGCUCUCAUCAUUAGAAAAGAGAUUUACGGUGAAAAGCAUGGUGACGUAGCAGCAAGUUACAACAAUCUGGGAACUGUUUACAGUUACCUUGGCCAGUACAGUGAAGCUAAAGAAUACUAUGAGAAGGCUCUCAUCAUUAGAAAAGAGAUUUACGGUGAAAAGCAUGGUGACGUAGCAGCAAGUUACAACAAUCUGGGAACUGUUUACAGUUACCUUGGCCAGUACAGUGAAGCUAAAGAAUACUAUGAGAAGGCUCUCAUCAUUAGAAAAGAGAUUUACGGUGAAAAGCAUGGUGGCGUAGCAGCAAGUUGCUAUAACCAGGGAAUUGUUUACAGAAACCUUGGACAGUACAGUGAAGCUAAAGAAUACUAUGAGAAGUCUCUCAUCAUUAGAAAAGAGAUUUACGGUGAAAAGCAUGGUGACGUAGCAGCAAGUUACAACAAUCUGGGAACUGUUUACAGUUACCUUGGCCAGUACAGUGAAGCUAAAGAAUAUUAUGAGAAGGCUCUCAUCAUUAGAAAAGAGAUUUACGGUGAAAAGCAUGGUGACGUAGCAGCAAGUUACAACAACCUGGGAACUGUUUACAAAAACCUUGGACAGUACAGUGAAGCUAAAGAAUACUAUGAGAAGGCUCUCAUCAUUAGAAAAGACAUUUACGGUGAAACGCAUGGUGACGUAGCAGCAAGUUACAACAAUCUGGGAAAUGUUUACAGUUACCUUGGCCAGUACAGUGAAGAGAAAGAAUACUAUGAGAAGGCUCUCAUCACGACAAAAGAGAUUUACGGUAAAAACCAUGGUCACGUAGCAGCAAGUUACAACAAUCUGGGAAAUGUUUACAGUUACCUUGGCCAGUACAGUGAAGCUAAAGAAUACUAUGAGAAGGCUCUCAUCAUGACAAAAGAGAUUUACGGUAAAAACCAUGGUGACGUAGCAGCAAGUUACAACAAUCUGGGAAAUGUUUACAGUUACCUUGGCCAGUACAGUGAAGCUAGAGAAUACUGUGAGAAGGCUCUCAUCAUUAGAAAAGAGAUUUACGGUGAAAAGCAUGGUGACGUAGCAGUAAGUUACAACAAUCUGGGAACUGUUUACAGUUACCUUGGCCAGUACAGUGAAGCUAAAGAAUAUUAUGAGAAGGCUCUCAUCAUUAGAAAAGAGAUUUACGGUGAAAAGCAUGGUCACGUAGCAGCAAGUUACAACAACCUGGGAACUGUUUACAAAAACCUUGGACAGUACAGUGAAGCUAAAGAAUACUAUGAGAAGGCUCUCAUCAUUAGAAAAGAGAUUUACGGUGAAAAGCAUGGUGACGUGGCAGCAAGUUACAACAAUCUGGGAAAUGUUUACAGUGACCUUGGCCAGUACAGUGAAGCUAAAGAAUACUAUGAGAAGGCUCUCAUCAUUACAAAAGAGAUUUACGGUGAAAAGCAUGGUGACGUAGCAGCAAGUUACAACAAUCUGGGAAAUGUUUACAGAAACCUUGGCCAGUACAGUGAAGCUAAAGAAUACUGUGAGAAGGCUCUUAUCAUUACAAAAGAGAUUUACGGUGAAAAGCAUGGUGACGUAGCAGCAAGUUACAACAACCUGGGAUUUGUUUACAGUGACCUUGGACAGUACAGUGAAGCUAAAGAAUAUUAUGAGAAGGCUCUCAUCAUUACAAAAGAGAUUUACGGUGAAAAGCAUGGUGACGUAGCAGCAAGUUACAACUACCUGGGAACUGUUUACAGAAACCUUGGACAGUACAGUAAAGCUAAAGAAUACUGUGAGAAGGCUCUCAUCAUUACAAAAAAGAGAUUUACGGUGAAAAGCAUGGUGACGUAGCAGCAAGUUACAACUACCCAGGAACUGUUUACAGAAACAGUGCACAGUACAGUGAAGCUAAAGAAUACUGUGAGAAGGCUCUCAUCAUUAGAAAAGAGAUUUACGGUGAAAAGCAUGGUGACGUAGCAGCAAGUUACAACAAUCUGGGAAAUGUUUACAGUUACCUUGGCCAGUACAGUGAAGAGAAAGAAUACUAUGAGAAGGCUCUCAUCAUGACAAAAGAGAUUUACGGUAAAAACCAUGGUGACGUAGCAGCAAGUUACAACAAUCUGGGAAAUGUUUACAGUUACCUUGGCCAGUACAGUGAAGCUAAAGAAUACUAUGAGAAGGCUCUCAUCAUGACAAAAGAGAUUUACGGUAAAAACCAUGGUGACGUAGCAGCAAGUUACAACAAUCUGGGAAAUGUUUACAGUUACCUUGGCCAGUACAGUGAAGCUAAAGAAUACUAUGAGAAGGCUCUCAUCAUUACAAAAGAGAUUUACGGUGAAAAGCAUGGUGACGUAGCAGUAAGUUACAACAAUCUGGGAACUGUUUACAGUUACCUUGGCCAGUACAGUGAAGCUAAAGAAUACUAUGAGAAGGCUCUCAUCAUUAGAAAAGAGAUUUACGGUGAAAAGCAUGGUGACGUAGCAGCAAGUUACAACAAUCUGGGAAAUGUUUACAGUGACCUUGGCCAGUACAGUGAAGCUAAAGAAUACUGUGAGAAGGCUCUCAUCAUUAGAAAAGAGAUUUACGGUGAAAAGCAUGGUGACGUAUCAGUAAGUUACAACAAUCUGGGAACUGUUUACAGUUACCUUGGCCAGUACAGUGAAGCUAAAGAAUACUAUGAGAAGGCUCUCAUCAUUAGAAUAGAGAUUUACGGUGAAAAGCAUGGUGACGUAGCAGCAAGUUACAACAAUCUGAGAAAUGUUUACAGUGACCUUGGCCAGUACAGUGAAGCUAAAGAAUACUAUGAGAAGGCUCUCAUCAUUAGAGAAGAGAUUUACGGUGAAAAGCAUGGUGACGUAGCAGCACGUUACAACUACCUGGGAACUGUUUACAGAAACCUUGGACAGUACAGUGAAGCUAAAGAAUACUGUGAGAAGGGUCUCACCAUUAGAAAAGAGAUUUCCGGUGAAAAGCAUGGUGACGUAGCAGCAAGUUACAACAAUCUGGGAAAUGUUUACAGUUACCUUGGCCAGUACAGUGAAGCUAAAGAAUACUAUGAGAAGGCUCUCAUCAUGACAAAAGAGAUUUACGGUGAAAAGCAUGGUGACGUAGCAGUAAGUUACAACAAUCUGGGAACUGUUUACAGUUACCUUGGCCAGUACAAUGAAGCUAAAGAAUACUAAGAGAAGGCUCUCAUCAUUAGAAAAGAGAUUUACGGUGAAAAGCAUGGUGACGUAGCAGCAAGUUACAACAAUCUGGCAAUUGUUUACAGUCACCUUGGCCAGUACAGUGAAGCUAAAGAAUACUAUGAGAAGGCUCUCAUCAUUAGAAAAGAGAUUUACGGUGAAAAGCAUGGUGACGUAGCAUUAAGUUACAACAAUCUGGGAAUUGUUUACAGUUACCUUGGCCAGUAGAGUGAAGCUAAAGAAUACUAUGAGAAGGCUCUCAUCAUAACAAAAGAGAUUUACGGUGAAAAGGAUGGUGACGUAGCAGCAAGUUACAACAAUCUGGGAACUGUUUACAGUAACCUUGGCCAGUACAGUGAAGCUAAAGAAUACUAUGAGAAGGCUCUCAUCAUUAGAAAAGAGAUUUACGGGGAAAAGCAUGGUGACGUAGCAGCAAGUUACAACAACCUGGGAAUUGUUUACAGAAACCUUGGACAGUACAGUGAAGCUAAAGAAUACUAUGAGAAGGCUCUCAUCAUUAGAAAAGAGAUUUACGGUGAAAAGCAUGGUGACGUAGCAGCAAGUUACAACAACCUGGGAAAUGUUUACAGUGACCUUGGCCAGUACAGUGAAGCUAAAGAAUACUAUGAGAAGGCUCUCAUCAUUACAAAAGAGAUUUCCGGUGAAAAGCAUGGUGACGUAGCAGCAAGUUACAACAGCCUGGGAAAUGUU